UUUUUUUGGAGUAAGAUUCGUCGAAAGAUUUUGACCGACGAGAGAGAGACAGAGAGAAAGAGAUCCGGGCUCUCUUUCGCGCGAUAAUCGAUACCGCGUUGCCCGCUUUCCGCGACCCAUUGGGAGAUUAAAGCGGCACGCCAUGCCAGAAAUAUCGCGACGCUGACUUGAACUACAUCUGCUUAGAGAUCUUCUGGAUUUAUCAUUCGCGUAGUUGUCAGUUACGUGCGGCGAUUGUAUUUUUCCCCGAAUUUAUUUUCAAAUUUUUCCAGAAUAUUAAUAGCGAUUUUCAGGGAUAUCGUGCAUUAAUUAUUGCAAUGGAAAAUAAAAAGUCGAAGGAAAUGUUUGCUCUUCAAUGGUUUCAACUGCAUUUUAUUUAGAAUAUUGUAUAGUUUUAUCUUUUGUCCAUACUGCGAUGUGCAAAAGUCGGUGAAUCUAAAUAUUUGAUAGACUACAUGUGUUUUAAUAUUGUGUCCGAAAAAGAGAAGCAGAAAAAUACACAAUCAUGCACCUAAGAAUAAUAUUACUACUGACGUUGGUGGCCUUCGUCGCUGCCGAGAGCAUUCUAAUGACGGAGGUCUUUGUCAUUCCCAUCAGACCUGAGACUUUCGACUGGAGUGCAGAUGGACACUCCGAUCAAUUUUCCUAUCAGCCUUCUUUAUUAAACGCUCCCGAUCUUCCAUCAUGGAUACAUUAUACUUAUAGCAAGAAAGAUCAUCACGGUUUUCUAUACGGCGUAGCGCCUAAAGAUCAAAAGUACUUUCAGCUGGAGAUUGUGGGACUGAACAAACACACGUACGAAACUCGUUACAAGGUGCUCGACAUGAACGUACUUGAGAGAGAGAAUCUGACCAAGUACGAGGUGCAUCUGAAAAUCGACAACCUCAACGUGGAGGACAUGUUCGAUCGCAAUCGCACCGAGAAGCUCCUCGACAUAUUUAGGAAAAAGUUGUGGAAAGGUGCUGCGGAUCUGUACGUGACCUUUUUGGCGUCUGCGAUUGAGCUCGGAGCUCGUUUACCUUUGAAACCCAGCGAAGGCGAAGGAGUCGUCGUAAGAUUGGGCAGUACGAUGCCAUUCUCGCAAGAGUUGAACGAAUUGCAAGAGGAAGUCAAGCCGCUCUGGAAAAUGCCAUCGUGUCCCAGAGACUUCAAGAGGACCAGUGUGGAGAUUCUCUUCCGAGACGCUGAGUUCAGAUUGGAUUGGUGUUCCUUCAGAUUAUUAGAAGAGGACCAGCAGAGUCUGCAGCACGAGAGCGCUCGACGGGGUCCCAGCGUUGUAGGAUUACCUUCGUCGGGCAUCUCCGAGCACACGGAGUGGCGUUGGGCUCGUUCGACGAAAGCUAGCAUACCCACGAGAAGUUACUUCAAUGAAAUCGCCACCACAAUUUUCGUACCAGUCAUCAUACUUCUCGUGCUAGGCGCCUUGCUUAGCACCGCUUUCUGUCUACAUCACGAGAAAAUGACAGAUCCAGACUCAGAUGAAUAUUUUGAUGAACUCUUUAAUAUUUUCCUUAUAAGGGAACAACCUAUUAGCGAAAAACGAGAACCAACACCAGUGGAAGGAGUCGGAAACAAUGGAAUACAAAUGGUGCAAUAUGCCAUGUCGGAGAGAGGCACUUUGAAAUCUCUGUCAGCUCAACCAUCGAGUCCGAAUAAUUCUCUAUCACGAAGUCCGAGAAGCUCCGGCGAACGUUGCAAUCCGUAUAUUCGUCCAAAUCCGCCACCUUAUACCGGACCGACGAAUUUUGCCAGCUUACGCGCCGAUUUCUGACUAUACGAGCAACCCGCGAAAACAUGGUUUUGCUAAAUAAAUAUAGCUCGCGGGUGGCUUUCAAUCAACACGUUUCGAGGCCGAGGACUCUACAAACUCAUCGAAACCAACUUCAAAUUUGCAAGUUGAAUCGGAUAUUAAAUAUGCGUGCAUCACUUAUUAUUGCUAAUCGUAAACACGUAUUUACGUCAUGCUUUUCGAGCAGUAUAAAGUUUGGCAAUAUGUUAAAUAUUUCUUUGACAAAUUGACUUGUGACUUAAAAAUUUCUCAAAACAUAUCUUUAUAUAAAUAGACGAGUUGUAAUUAGAGGGAACAGCGUUUUUUAGACAUUAUGUACAUUGGAUACAUAUUACUCAUGUAUAUUGUACAUAAUAAUCAAGUAAAUUGCAUAACAUUUAUGUAUGUAUAAUUGUAUCGUAGCAACAACUUUUGCAUAUUUAUUGAAGAAAUAAUAAAUGUAUAAUUCUAAAAA